AGUGUGUUUACUAAGACCAGACUGACAGCUACAGGAAGGGGUUUCAUUUAGCCACUUAUGGAGACUUUUUCCUCAAGAGUGAAUUAAUUAGCGGUGUUUGGAAAUAUUACGUUAUCGCGCAGUGGAAUGUUGGAGAGGUUUAGUGUGUCCUGUUGUCGUAGUGAGCUGAACAUUGGUCUUCUUCAUUCACUUUUGGCCGGCUCGCCUGCUAGCUUGCCGAGCUAGGCUAGCAUUAGCUACAGCAGGACACCAUCUUUGAAAUAGCAGCCACACACAGAAAAGCAUUAUGGUGGACAAGAAUAUCUACAUUGUCCAGGGGGAAAUCGGUACUGUUGUUGGAGCUAUCAAGAGGAACUCCAGGUGGAAUACCCACACUCCACUGGAUGAAGAACAGGAUCCAUUACUUAACAGCUUUGGUCACCUCAAGGAAAUACUCAAUAACAUAAAAGAGCUGUCAGAUGUUGAACCCAACAUUUUUCUGAGGCCCUUCCUUGAAGUGGUCCGCUCUGAGGAUACCACUGGACCAAUCACAGGCCUUGCCCUUACUUCUGUCAACAAGUUUCUUUCCUAUGGCCUUAUAGAUGCUAAUCAUGAAGCGGCAGCAGAAGCCAUUGAGAAUAUGGCAGACGCAGUCACACACGCCAGAUUUGUGGGAACAGACCCUGCCAGCGAUGAAGUCGUCCUAAUGAAAAUUCUACAGGUCCUGAGGACUUUGCUGCUGACACCAGUUGGAGCCCAUCUGACCAAUGAGUCUGUUUGUGAAAUCAUGCAGUCCUGCUUCAGGAUCUGCUUUGAGAUGCGCCUAAGUGAGCUCCUCAGGAAAUCAGCUGAACAUACACUGGUUGACAUGGUGCAGCUACUGUUCUCUAGACUACCACAGUUCAAAGAGGAGGCCAAGAGUUAUGUGGGUGCCAAUAUGAAGAAGUUGAAGAUGCGUGCCGGUGGGAUGAGUGAGUCAUCCAAAUGGAAGAAGCAGAAACGAUCGCCAAGGCCUCCUCGCCACAUGGUCCGAAGUCCUUCCGGUCAGAUGGACUCAACCCAGUCCAGCACCCUCAGCAACAACAAUCUUUCAGGUGGCGUCCCGUUCAUUGAGCCGCCAGCUUUAGACAGUGCUGGUUCUUCCGUUUCCAGCCCUACAAACACAGACAGUGGCCUGGACACCUGUUCCAAAGCCACCUCCCGGGAAGACCUUUCUGACCUGGAACAGUGCAACUCAACUGCAACCACCCCUAGCUCCAACAUUAUGCUUCCUGGGGCUGAGCCUGGCUCUCUGGAUGGACAGUGUGAGGGUGGUCCGGUUGACCAAACCCAGUCAGCCUCAGUGGAGUCCAUCCCUGAGGUUCUGGAGGACAAAGAGGCCAUUGGCGAGCAGUCAGACAGCCCCUCCAUCCAUGACAUGGACUAUGUCAACCCCAGAGGAGUACGCUUCACACAGUCUACACAAAGAGAUGGAGCCUCCCUCAUCCCUUAUGGCCUGCCAUGUCUAAGGGAGCUUUUUCGCUUCCUGAUCUCACUGACCAACCCCCAUGACCGCCACAACACUGACGCCAUGAUGCACAUGGGCCUGCAGCUGCUAACUGUAGCACUUGAGUCGGCACACAUUACUAACUACCAGUCUCUACUUGGACUGGUCAAAGAUGAGCUCUGCCGACAUCUCUUCCAGUUGCUGAGUGUGGACCGUAUGAACCUAUAUGCUCCCUCCAUACGAGUUUGCUUCUUGCUUUUUGAAAGCAUGAGAGUACAUCUUAAGUUUCAGCUUGAGAUGUACCUAAAGAAACUGAUGGACAUCAUUACAUCAGAGAACAUUAAGAUGCCCUAUGAGAUGAAGGAGAUGGCUCUGGAGGCACUGGUCCAGCUGUGGAGGAUUCCCAGCUUUGUCACUGAGCUCUACAUCAACUAUGACUGUGACUUCUACUUCUCCAAUCUGUUUGAGGACCUCACCAAGCUGCUGUCCAAGAAUGCGUUCCCAGUGUCAGGGCAGCUCUACACCACCCACCUCCUGUCGCUGGAGGCUCUGCUCACAGUGAUUGACAGCACUGAAGCCCACUGCCAGGCCAAGGUGCUCAACAGCACGGCUCAACAAGACCAGUCAGAAACACUGCUGGCAGAGGGAGAAGGUUCAACCAACAAUGGAACAGACACUAUAGCAGAUCUGAAUAGACUGGGCAGUACCAAUGGUCUUCCACAAGCUGAGAUUGUACCAGUGUGUCCACCAACCAGUGGACAUCUAAUGGCAGACAAGAUGCGACUGGGUAGACAGGAUCAAGGGGACAAUGACGCUGCUGAGAAGAGAGCCCUGAAGAAGCCUCAACGCUUCUCAUCAUGUUUACCCGAUUCCCAAGAGUUGAUGGAAAUCAGAACAAAGAAAAAGUUGCUGAUCACAGGCACCGAGCAGUUCAACCAGAAGCCCAAAAAGGGAAUCCAGUUCCUGCAGGAGAAAGGUCUUCUCAGUAACCCCUUAGACAACAGCCAGGUAGCCCAGUGGCUCAGAGAAAACCCCCGACUGGACAAAAAAAUGAUUGGCGAGUACAUCAGUGAUCGCAAGAACAUGGAGCUCUUGGACAGCUUUGUAAACACAUUCACCUUCCAGGGUCUUCGUAUUGAUGAGGCCCUGCGGCUCUACCUGGAGGCUUUUAGACUACCUGGAGAGGCUCCUGUCAUCCAGAGGCUCCUUGAAACCUUCACAGACAACUGGCAUAAAGUGAACGGCUCUCCUUUCAUGACCAACGAUGCCGGCUUUGCUUUGGCCUAUGCUGUCAUAAUGCUGAAUACUGACCAGCAUAACCACAAUGUCCGCAAGCAGAAUAUCCCCAUGACUAUAGAGCAAUUUAAGAAAAAUCUCAAGGGAGUAAAUGGAAACAAAGACUUUGACCAGGACAUGUUGGAGGAUAUCUACAAUGCUAUAAAGAAUGAGGAGAUUGUGAUGCCAGAUGAGCAGUCGGGAUUAGUGAAGGAGAACUAUGUAUGGAGCGUGUUGCUACACCGCAGCGCUACACCUGAGGGUGUUUUCCUCCACUUGCCACCUGGCAGCUACGACCAUGACUUGUUCUCAAUGACCUGGGGUCCCACCAUCGCUGCCCUGUCCUACGUCUUUGACAAGAGCCUGGACGACAACAUCAUUCAGAAGGCCAUCACAGGCUUCAGGAAAUGUGCAAUGAUAGCAGCUCACUAUGGCUUCAGUGAUGUUUUCGACAAUUUGAUCAUCUCCCUCUGCAAGUUCACCACUCUGAGCAGUGAGUCUGUGGAAAACCUUCCUACAGUGUUUGGCAGCAAUAAUAAGGCACAGACAGCAGCCAAGACCGUGUUUGACCUCGCCCAUCGGCACGGAAACAUCCUGAGGGAGGGCUGGAAGAACAUCAUGGACUCCAUGCUCCAGCUGUUCAGAGCUGAGCUCCUGCCCAAAGCCAUGGUCGAGGUGGAGGAUUUUGUGGAGCCAAAUGGGAAGAUUUCUCUUCAAAGAGAGGAAACGCCUUCAAAUCGUGGUGAGUCUGCAGUGUUAAGUUUUGUCAACUGGUUGACGUUGAGUGGAGCUGAGCAGUCAGGACUCAGAGGACCAUCCACAGAAAACCAGGAGGCCAAGCAGGCUGCCAUCCUCUGCAUAAAGCAAUGUGACCCAGAAAAGCUGAUCACAGAGAGUAAAUUUCUACAGCUGGAGUCUCUACAGGAGCUAAUGAAGGCUCUCAUAUCAGUCACCCCAGAUGAGGAGACUUAUGAUGAAGAGGAUGCUGCCUUCUGCUUAGAGAUGUUGCUGCGAAUCGUUUUGGAGAACAGAGACCGUGUGUCCUGUGUGUGGCAGACAGUGCGAGACCAUCUCUGCCAUCUUUGUGUCCACACAAACGAGAGCUGCUUCCUGGUGGAAAGGGCUGUGGUGGGACUACUCCGACUCGCAAUCCGCCUGCUACGACGAGAAGACGUUAGCUCUCAGGUUCUCCUGUCGCUGCGUCUCCUGCUGAUGAUGAAACCUCACGUCUUGUCCAGGGUCAGCAGGGAGGUGGCCUAUGGCCUCCACGAACUGCUGAAGACUAAUGCAGCCAACAUCCACUCUACAAACGACUGGUUUACACUUUUCUCCUUGCUGGAGUGCAUUGGAGCCGGAGUGAAACCUCCUGCCUCUUUCCAGCUGGCCUCUACCACUACUGACAACGACACAGGAGCUCAGUCAGAUAGCGAGCUGCCAUCGCAUCAUCUCAGUGAAGUGAGUUCAGACCGCGGCUACACAUCAGACUCAGGGAUGUACACCGAGCACAGCAAGACCAGGAUCCCUCGCUCUGCAACAGAUGUGGAUGUAGCAAGCAGUGGAUGGCUCGUGGUUGGGAAAGAUGACCUGGAAACAAGUAAAAGCACUCCAGUGAACUCUAAAGCUCAGCUGAAUCACCCUCUGGUCAACCAGUACAGUCUGACACUAGGCCAGGACCUGGGCCAGCACGACACCAAGUCUCUAAUCAAGUGUGUAGAAACGCUGUCGUUCAUCGUCCGUGAUGCUGCCCACGUCACCCCUGACAACUUCGAGCUCUGUGUUAGAGCUAUACGAGUGUUUGUUGAGGCCAGCCUCAAUGGAGGUUACCGCAACCACGACAAAAAGAAGAGCCACAAGUAUGACAAGUCCCGGAUGAGGAAGAAGGCAGGGGGAAGGGACAAGGAGGGAGGAGGUGGCACGAGGCGAGGUGGCAGCCGGGUGUCCAGCCAACGUCCAUCACGUUCCCACAGUGACGAGGAGGAGGACGAGGGUGUCCCGGCCAGCUACCACACGGUGUCAUUACAGGUUAGUCAGGACCUGUUAGACCUGAUGCACACGCUGCACACACGGGCUGCCAGCAUCUACAGCUCCUGGGCAGAGGAGCAGCGCCAUCUGGAGGCUGCAGGAAGGAAGAUCGAGGCAGACUCUCAGACUUUAUGGACCAGCUGCUGGUGCCCGCUCCUGCAAGGCAUUGCUUGGCUGUGCUGUGAUGCCAGGCGGCAGGUUCGUAUGCAGGCCCUCACCUACCUCCAGAGGGCGCUGCUGGUCCAUGAUCUGCAGACACUUGAUGCAACUGAGUGGGAGUCCUGCUUCAAUAAGGUGCUUUUCCCCCUGUUGACUAAGCUGCUUGACAACAUCAGCCCAGCAGAUGUGGGCGGUAUGGAGGAGACGAGAAUGAGAGCCUGCACGCUCCUGUCAAAGGUUUUCCUCCAGCACCUCUCUCCUCUGCUGUCCCUGCCUACCUUUGCUGCCCUGUGGCUCACCAUUCUGGAUUUCAUGGACAAGUACAUGCACGCAGGAUCCAGUGACUUACUGUUGGAGGCCAUCCCUGAGUCUCUGAAGAACAUGCUGCUGGUCAUGGACACAGCAGGGAUCUUCCACAGUGCAGACUCUAGGACAGGAUACUCCGACCUGUGGGAAAUAACCUGGGAACGAAUUGUCUGCUUCCUGCCUCACCUGAAGGAGGAGCUCUUCAAACAGACUGUCAUACCAGAUCCAGUGCCCAGUCCUCCAGCAGAACCAGUGCAGCAAACACCGUCAGCAGGCCGGCCUUCAUCCCCACAGGCGUCCCCACCACCUGCUCAGCUGCCCUCCCCAGUUCCUGUCAGCCCUGCAGAGACACAAAACCCCAGCAGGCCAGCAUCCCCCAAGGAGCCCCAACCAGCCAGUGCCAGCGGAUCGGACCGGUCGUCUCCAGUCCCAACCUCAAAUUCCCCGGUGCCAUUAACCACGUCCCCCCCCCAGGCUCCCUCACCCUUGAGCCAGUCCCCCCUCAUCCUGCAGCCCCUCGCGUCCCCCCUGCAGGUUGGAGUCCCACCCAUGUCCCUGCCAAUCAUCCUGAACCCCGCCCUCAUCGAGGCCACGUCCCCUGUACCACUCCUUCCUGGUCCCAGACCUAUGAGCCCUUCUGACGAGGUCAAGUAAGAGAACUUGAGCUAACGUGCCCCCCCCACUCUGUCAUCUUUCCAGACCACCGGCCCUUUGACAACUGGAUCCAGCACACUUCAACUCCAACAUGUUGUUACCAGGUUUUUAAAUGACCUAUGUACGAAAAGACAAAAUAGAUGUGACAACUCAAUUAUACCACAUUUUAUUAUAAAGGAGAAUCCCCAAAACAUCAGACAUUGUUAAAAACCACAGGUUGUUAAUUCUCUGUGUUUGAUUUGUUCUUAUUACGGUGGAUAGAGGACUAAAUUGAGACAUAGGACAUCAUGUCCAGAUAUUUUGGAACAUAAAAUGCAGGAUGCAAGUCAUACAAGGAAAUAUAUUAAACAUACAAAUCUAAUUGAGGGGAAGUGGGUUUGCUAAAGAUGUAGAUCAGGGCUGUAGUUUGAAGUCUGAGGUCCUGUCCUCACUGUUUCUGGAAAUACUUAAUGUUACACUACUGUACAUUGUAUGUAGUAUAACACAUAGUACAUAGUAGUUAUACUACAUGGUGAGCAUUUUAUUGGCAGAUUACAGUAUUUUUAACUCAAUAAUUUAUAGGCAUUUUAGUAAAAUGUAAAAAAAAUAUAUAUAAAUUCUGAUUUAUUAUUUCCCCUCAACAGUUUUAUUGUUGAGAAUGUAA